GUCGGAGCGUGACGUCACCAGCGCCGGCGAAAGGAGGGGGCGCAGGCCUAUGUUGCCCGGCAGGCCUCGCGGCCCCGCCGGAAGUGACGCGCGGCGGCAUCUGAGGAGCGCGGCUAGAGAGGCGGCCGCGGGGCUGGGUGCGUGCGCGCUCGUCGCUGGCGCGGGGCUGCUGCUCGCGGUGCGGCGCGGCCAUGGCGGACUCCACGCAGAACGGGCCCGUGCAGGGCGGCGGCGGAGCGGUGCAAUUUCUGAUGGCUAACAAGUUGGAUACAGCAAUGUGGAUUUCCCGCUUAUUCACUGUUUACUGCUCAGCUUUAUUUGUCCUGCCUCUUCUAGGGUUGCAUGAAGCAGCAAGCUUUUAUCAGCGUGCCUUGCUGGCAAAUGCUCUAACCAGUGCCCUCCGACUACACCAAAGGCUACCGCACUUUCAGCUUAGCAGGGCAUUUCUGGCCCAGGCUUUGUUGGAGGACAGCUGCCAUUACCUGUUGUACUCUCUUAUCUUUGUUAAUUCCUACCCUGUUACAAUGAGUAUUUUCCCAGUUCUGCUGUUUUCUUUGCUUCAUGCUGCCACAUACACAAAGAAGGUUCUUGAUGCACGAGGUUCAAAUAGUCUGCCCUUUCUGAGAAAUCUUUUGGAGAAACUGAAUGCUAAUCAACAGAAUAUUCUAAAAUUCAUUGCUUGCAAUGAAAUUUUUCUGAUGCCAGCUACGGUUUUUAUGCUUUUCAGUGGGCAGGGGAGUCUGCUCCAGCCAUUCAUUUACUAUAGAUUUCUUACAUUACGCUACUCUUCUCGGAGAAAUCCAUACUGUCGGACUCUCUUCACCGAGCUGAGGAUUGUUGUUGAACAUCUAAUAAUGAAGCCCUCGUGCCCUGUUUUUGUAAGAAGACUAUGCCUCAGCAGCAUUUCCUUUAUAAGCAGAUUGGCACCAACUGUUGCGUAGCCAACUUUCAGGCAUUUAUAUAAUGUGAACAUUAUGAGCAGCUGGUACGUCUGCUGAUGAUUAUAAGUUCCUGGUUUUACACUGAUCUCACUCCAGGCUGUAGAAAAAUGUGUAUAUGCUUCUCUUGGAGAUAAUAUGAAAUUUAUCAUCUCAAAAGCAAGUCUUGGAAACUUACUGUGUUGUAUUGCUAAUUGAGAAAAGUAGUUUCAUCUUAUCCAAAACUCGCUAAGAGGGAUAAAGCCCAAUCAUGGAAUUGUUUUUUAAAAGUCAUAGAUUGUUUAAGGUUAAUUAAAAGUUUUUUUGUUUGUUUGCUUUAAGGAGUCUUUGCUCAUAAGUCUGUUAGUUGGAACCCUAGCCACUGUGAAAUGUCUCCAGUGGACAGCAUCUGGUACACAUUCUGAUGCACUACUCUUUGGACAGUAUUCUUUUGCUUACUAAUGUGUCCAUAGACUUAUUUUGUCUAAAUUACUACAUUCAAUAUAAAAAUACGGCCCACUUUGAAUUUAGCAAAAUAGAUUAAAAUCUAUCAAGCUGGCAUGGCUAACACCUUUUCUGAAGGAGAGCUUAUUUUUAUUAAAAAAAAAAAAAACUCUUCCAAGUUUCUUCCUUGUGAUAUAGUCCUACAUCAUGUAGUUGGGAGAAAUCUCAAGACUCUGACCACAGGAAACUCUGUACAGUUAUGUUGUCAUAACAAGAUGUUUUACCAAGCCAAGUUGCUGACCUGUAAGCUUUUGAGACAAAGAUGCAAUGCUUAAACUUUUAACCAUCUCUUAAGUGAACUAAUCAAUGUAAAUGUAGUAACUUUUUCAGAAUCAUUGCAAAUGUGUUCUUGUGUCUCCACAAAUGUGAGACUGUGGUAGCUCAAGCAUGUCUGCUUUUUAGAAAAUUAAUCUGUAGCUAGCUCUAUAUAAAUUGUUCUUCCAGUUUCUGAGGCUCUCAUUAUGAUGGGAAAUUUACAUAAAGGAUUGCACCUGUUCAGGCAUCUAUUGAAACAAAUGGCUGUAGGAUUCUUUUUGGCAUAAAUCCAUCUGAUCUUACUGAUCUGAAGGCAGUGUCAUGACUACAGAAAUGAAUAAUAAAUUGAGUGCUUAUUAUGCAUUCACCCAGCAGUUGAAAGGUAGGUCAUGGAAAAAGAACAUUAUCUGUCAGGGUGCAACCUGUUUCCAUAAAGUUAAGGCAAAGUGUUUGCCUAAUCUUCCAUGGUAAAUGUUAAUAUUUUAAUUACAUAAAACUUAAGGGAAUUCAUCGGCCUUUUGUAAGCUCCUAAUGCACUGUACUUUAUUCUUGCUUGGUCAGAGCAAUCUUAGGUGAAACACUUUUGAAAUCGAUCUUGAAACAAAGUAUUUUCUUGUAACUUGUUACCUUGUUUGUGAUGUGGCUAUAAUUCUGACUUUUCAGUUGUAUUAAGUAUUAGUCUGUUGGUUCAGAGACAUGCAUUUAUACACAUUUUCUUUUUCUUUUUCUUUUUUUUUUUUUUUGCUCAACCUCUUGGUAGUAAUGAAGACCUGCUUUUGGUACUCAAUAUGAUAGUCUUUGACUCUUGAACUUGCUCUCUGAACAUGAUUAGCUGUUUAUGGAAUACUUGCACAGUGCAGAGGCAACUGCAUGCAGUACUGCUCUACAGCUGCUAAGACUUGCAACUAGAUUCACUAUAUGUAUAUCCUGUAAUUUGAGAAUUUUAGAAAAACUAAAAUUUCUACUGCAAUAAAAGGAGUGUUAAAUGUAA